AUGUCUGGCCGAACAAAGCAAGCCAUCCCAUCUACCCCGCGCGUCAUAUCGCCGAGUCCAACGCCGUCAGAGCAGGAUGGAACCGGCCAGGAUGGAUACAGCGGGCCGAUGACUCGGUCGGCGGCGAGGAGGAGGCUGGCGACGCCACUACCAGUAGAGGAGGAUAUCGAGGAGGACGAGAGCCCAGAACUCUCAAGGGCCCGGACGCGAAGCCGCAGCCCGAUCGACACGCGAAAGGUGGCCCAACUAAGCCCAAGGAAAACUUCAAGGAUGGCAUCCAGCGCUCUCCAGCCGAUCGCGGCGACGGCAGCGACGACGACAGCCAUCGCAACGCCCAACGGGAGCACGGGCGAAAAAGCACCAGAAACAAACGGGCACCUCUCCCCGCCCACACCAUCACUUUAUUAUGGAUGGAGCUGGCGGGACUUUAGCCGAAGUCCCAGCCCACUCGGUCUGAUUCCCAUCCACAGGCACUGGAGGACGUUUGUGCACAAGCACGAGGUACCCCGGAAGGCCCUGCACGUAUCCAUCGGCUUCUUCGUCGUAUGGCUCUACCUCUCGGGGACACAAACUUAUUCUGUGUGCCCCUACCUCAUGGGUGCCUUGAUACCCAUCGCCGCCGUAGAUGUGGUGCGCCAUCACUACCAGCCAUUCAACCGGUUUUACGUCAAGGUCCUGGGCGCCCUGAUGCGCGAGAGUGAGUUUUCCGGUUACAACGGUGUUAUCUUCUACCUCUUGGGUGCGUGGACGGCCCUGUACUUUUUCCCCAAGGAUGUCGGAGUUAUGGCCACGCUGCUGCUGAGCUGGUGUGAUACGGCCGCAAGCACCUUUGGCAGGCUGUAUGGGCGGUACACCCCCCGUCUCCGCCGCGGCAAGUCCCUUGCUGGCUCUUCGGCUGCGUUCCUUGUCGGCAUCGGGACGGCUGUGUACUUUUGGGGGUGGCUCGCCCCGACCAAGGGACCCUUCCCGGGAGAUGAGAACUUUAUGUUUACGGGAACUCUCCGUCUUCCUCAACUCUUGGCGGAUGCUGUGGGCCUGGCCCCGGCGAAGGCGACUAUUUCUGGAGGGCUUGCGCUUGGUGUCAUGAGUCUGUGGUCUGGGUUUGUGGCUGCGGCUAGCGAGGUGGUUGACCUCUUUGGCUGGGAUGAUAAUCUGACCAUCCCGGUUCUCAGCGGUCUCGGAAUUUGGGGGUUUCUCAAGGUGUUUGGUUAA